CAGUGUCAUCUACUGUGCAUGCACAGAUCAAACGCUGCAUCCCUCACGUGGCUCGCACAGGGAAGCUGAUCAGCUGACGCCGCUGUCACAUGAUUCAGUCCACGCGAUCAAGAUGGCUGCUAGUCAGAGAGCAGUGUACUGGCUGGGGAAGGACACUCUGAGGGUGUCUGCUGCCCUGUUUGCAGAGAACCGCAGACGCCUCAGCAAGGCCCUGAAGGCCGCAGACGGAGUGCAGCCCAAGACAUUGGUGCUGCUGCAGGGAGGGGAGCAGCAGCAGAGGAACUGCACAGACACUGACCUCCUCUUCAGACAGGAGUCCUUCUUCCACUGGGCUUUUGGGGUGACUGAGGCCGACUGCUAUGGAGCCAUCCACGCCGACUCGGGGAGGUCCCUCCUCUUCAUCCCCAAGCUGCCGGAGAGCUACGCCACCUGGAUGGGAGAGAUCUAUCCACGGGAGCACUUCAAGGAGAAAUAUGAUGUUGAUGAAGUGCACUACACCUGUGAUAUUGCUGAUGUCCUGACCAAGCUGAGUCCAGCAGUCCUCCUGACACUGCGUGGUUUGAACACCGAUAGUGGGAGUACCUGUCGCGAGGCCUCCUUUGAAGGAAUAAGCCAAUUCAAAGUAAACAACACCCUCCUGCACCCUGUAAUUGUGGAAUGCCGACUGCUGAAGACUGACAUGGAGCUGGAGGUCCUUCGCUACACCAACCGCAUCUCCAGCGAGGCCCACAAAGAGGUUAUGAAACAUGUGAGGCCUGGGCAGAAGGAAUAUGAAAUGGAGAGUCUGUUCCAGCACUACUGCUUUUCUCGUGGGGGAAUGCGUCACGUCUCCUACACAUGCAUCUGUGGAAGUGGACACAAUGCCUCGGUUCUCCACUACGGCCAUGCUGGAGCUCCCAAUGACAAGACUAUCAAUGAUGGAGACAUGUGCCUGUUUGACAUGGGUGGAGAGUACUACUGCUACUCCUCCGACAUCACCUGCUCUUUUCCUGCCAAUGGCAAAUUUACACCGGACCAGAAGGCUAUCUACGAGGCCGUGCUCAAGUCUUCUCUAGCUGUCAUGGCCGCCAUUAAGCCAGGGGCGAAAUGGACUGACAUGCAUCGUCUGGCUGACCGUGUCCACCUUGAGGAGCUGGUGAAGAUUGGCAUCCUGAAGGGAGAUGUUGAGGACAUGCUGAAGGAGCAUAUGGGCUCUGUGUUCAUGCCCCACGGCCUGGGUCACCUGCUGGGCAUUGAUGUCCAUGAUGUGGGUGGCUACCCUGAGGGGGUGCAGCGCAUCGCUGAGCCAGGCCUGAAAAGCCUGCGCAUGGGCCGCCUGGUUCAGGAGCGCAUGGUUCUGACCGUGGAGCCGGGCAUCUACUUCAUCGACCACCUGCUGGACCAGGCCCUGGCCUCUCCAGCACAGCGCUGCUUCAUCAACAGCGAUGUGCUGGCUCGCUUCCGCAGAUUUGGAGGGGUGCGCAUUGAGGAUGACAUUGCUGUGACUGCGGAUGGGAUGGAGCUGCUCACCUGUGUCCCCCGCACCGUGGAGGAUAUUGAGGAGUUCAUGGAGGAGGCCAGGGGGAACCCCAAGUCCUUCAGCGGGAAGGUCUGAGGGGCGCAGGCUGGAACUGCUCUCUGCCACAGACAUGCGGUUUCAUCCUACAUCCACAUUUCACGCUAGCUUUAAUUUCCAGAUCUAUACAGUGACUGACUUCAUAUGUAUGAAAUGAAAGUCUUUAAACUCAUCUGAUUUGCUGGUAUGUAAUGCCUGUUAAUUCACUCAGAUCAUCCAGUAAAUGUCUUUACAACUGCAGUUGUUCAGUGAUGGCAUUACAUCUAACAACAGCAAAAAGGCAUUGGAAGAAUGUAGCUCAACCAUAAAAAAAAACAGUAUUAAAUGAUUAUUUUUUCAGAAUUGUAUCAUAUGCAUGUAUUGUACCCAAUUUAUACUCGAAUUAGCCAUAGCAAAAUCUUAAUCAUUUAUUAAUAAAAUAUUUCUGCA